CAAUCAUUACAUUUUAAAAAUUCGAUUGAAAUAUUUACAAAAAGAUACUGCUCAAAUAUAACCUUGAAGAACAAUAUCAAAUUGAAGCAUAUUGCUAGUUGAUAUUUAAAGAAAGACAGCAGAAUAAAGGUCCAAGUUUCCCGUUGAAAUAUGACAGACAGACAAAUAAACUUUUCAAAAUGCCAGUUAAAUAAAUCAUCAAGAAUAAUGACAUUUAGUCUACUUGGAAUAGGAGUUGCUGUCGCAUUAAGUAUCGCCAUUAUUAUACACUUCAUGUAAGGCAAAGGCUUCGAUUAAUAUAUGUAUAAUCUACUUCUUUUUCCUUCAAAAAUAAAAUUCAAUUUCAGAUCAGCAGUAGGAAGUUUUCUAAAAGAUAACUGGUGGAUCAGUAUUAUAUUCAGUGUUAUAGGUUUCAUUUGUUCUAUUCUGAUGGUCACUAUUCCACAUCGAGUGAAGAAUCCACCAGUCAACUUCAUCAUAUUAUUUGUAAUGAUAAUCUCAUUGUCUUAUUCAAUUGCUUUGGAUUUUGUGGAUAUAUCAUUCAAGUGGAUUAUUCUACGAUGGACUUUAUCAGUUACGGUGUGUCUGUGUUUCAUCUUCGUUGGAGUUAUAAUUAAACGAGACUUGACAGUUUUUAUCUUUCCACUACUAAUUUAUUUGUUAAGCGCAAUUCUUUUAGCAUCGAUAACAAUUUCGGUGCUGUAUAUUCUUACAAACAAAUAUAUUUUGUACGUAAGCUUCUGUAUAUUUGAAUUCGUGACCGUGAUUCCGUGUCUGAUGGUCGCAGGGCAAAUGCUAUCAAGUAAACGAGAUGUUCAUUUCACAGAUGAUGACUACACAACGGCGGCUAUGAUUUAUUUCUUAUUAAUAUUGCAAGCAGUGACGUCAACAGUUGGACCGUUUGAAACAGAUAAAACAAAAUCAAAUGAAACAAGUUUAUUAAGUUCAUUAUCAUUGUUUGAGACUACAGACUAGGUAGAAGAUAGUCUGUCAGUCAGAAUUUAAAUUAUACAAAUAUUGAUUUCCUAUAUGUGUUAAUCAGAAAGUCAUCCAAUCAGAUUUCACCAUGAUGUUUGCUGCCCACCAAUCGGCCCAAUACUGUAACCUAUAAUUAGUUUAUGAUACUUUUUUGUAUGACGAUUGUAAUGAUAUCUUUGUUAUUACACAGUACCUCUGUCUGUCUCGCACGCUCGUUUUGAA